AUGGUAUUGCAGGCCACUCAUUCUAUGCCCAGAGACAGACAGCUUUGUGCCCUUUUUAUCUCUCAGAUGAACAUCUGUGGCAUGAAACAGAACCGGGUCCUCCCAGAAGCCCAGGCCAACAAUGUGAAGAAGAUCCUACCACGCCCUCUGUCUAGGGUGAAUGGCUGGUCACCACCCCUCCAUUCAUUCCAGGCAAUAUCCUGGACCACCUACCUGGCCAUGUCCAUUGUCACCUUUGGGAUCUUCAUCCCCUUUCUACCAACUAGCUGGAAAUGUGCUGCCUAUGCUGUGAUGGGUGGGGUGUUCAUAUUCCACCUCUUCGUGCACUUGGUCGCAAUUACCAUCGAUCCAGCUGACACCAAUGUCCGACUCAAAAAGGACUACUCGGAGCCUGUGCCGACCUUCGACCGGUCCAAACACGCACAUGUGAUUCAGAACCAGUAUUGCCACCUGUGUGAGGUUACUGUGAGCAAGAAAGCCAAACAUUGCAGCUCCUGCAACAAAUGUGUCUCUGGCUUUGACCACCACUGCAAAUGGCUGAACAACUGUGUGGGCAGCAGAAACUACCGGUUCUUCUUCUGCUCUGUUGCCUCAGCUGCAGUUGGGCUUCUUGGUGUGAUGGUUAUCUUGUUGUAUGUCUUGAUCCAGUACUCUAUCAACCCCAAGGAGCUUCACACCGACCCCCUGUAUAAAGAGAUCAGCUCUGAGAACAUAUGGCUGCUGUUCCUCCCACUGUGCCCUGUGCCUGUGAAGACCCCCGUGGUCCUUUCCAUCGUGGUGUUGGUACUGCUGCUAGCCAUUGCCAGCUUUGUGCUGCUCGGGCACCUGCUCAUCUUCCACUUGUACCUGAUCGCCAAGAACCUGAGCACAUUUGACUACAUGAUGCAGACCCGAUUCCAGAAGAUUCCACAUUCCUCAGAGAAGAAGGAGCUGCCUCUGCGGAAGAAAGCGAGCCUUCCUCAGGAAAAGAGUAACAACACAAGCUGGUCUCAGUCCUCACCCAGAGUGGAGUCCCAGAAGUUCCUGCUGUCUACUCUUCCACAGCAGUCAAAUGCGUGUUUCCUGGCUACAGAUCCAAAGACUCCUCCACAGUAAAGUGACAAGGAUGAGCCUCUCUCAGGAUGGACGGUAUCAAGCCGUCGGCCCAAGAUCAUGAGGAG